GCAGAGCUGCUGAAGAAGGAAGAGUGGGUGUAGGCGAACUUCUGGCUGAGUGUGCUUGUGUGGGGUUUUCUAAGCCAGGUGUGAAGGUGUGGGGGCUUUUUGAGGCUAGGGCUCCUGGAGACGUGGGCAAAGCUUCCAGGCCGAGGAGCUAGGGGUGCAGUGUGUGUUGCCGGGAGCCCGAACGGCUGGUGACUUUAGUUAGGUGCUUGGGAGCUUUGGCCAGGCCUUUUGUGCAGCGUGAGUAGCUGGGAGCCUGGGCUGGACUCUCAGCCUCGACAGUUUGUGGGUCCGGAACCACAGCAUCUCCCAGAGCCCAUCUCCUUGGCCACGUGCUUGGGCCUCGGGUCCUGCCCGUGAGACACCAGGAUGCUCGUGGGGCUGAUGUCAGGGCGUCGAGGAAAGAGCUAAAGGUGUCCAGAAACUUGGAUCUGAACGGGCCCCAGCGCAUAGCAGAGCUGGGAGCAGAGGACCCGCUCCUCCGUACUGUCUGUGACACAGACCCAGGCGUGGUUCCCUGAUCUGUGACCAUCCUACCUCGCUGGGCUCCUUCACUCGUCACCGUAUGUUUGCUGGGUGUGAGGUAGGGGUAGGGGGUGCAGCAGUGAAAACAGACGGCUCCUGACAUUGAGCAUGACAAUGAGCCGUCACCAAGACAAUGAGCGUGUUCACACACGAGUAGGACAAGUUCAGAGUCAGUAAUUGUGGGGGGAAAACACAAAUAGGAUAGAGGAUGAUGGGCAGCUACUUCCAAAUGUUGACCACUGAGGAACGAGUCUCCUGACAGUGCAGCACGCUUGGCUCACUGACGAGAGAAAGGCCGCGAUGGCUGGCGCGUGGCGUGGGCCUGGAGGUGCGAGGCAGAGACUAGUAGGAGAGGAGGUUAGGGGAAGACGGGGGCCAGAUGUGAGACUUUAGUGAAAGGCAGGCAGCCCGUCGAGCUGUGAGCGCCGUAUAGUUGCUGUCAUCCUUGAUCUAUGUCCUCUGGCUUGAGGACCUACUUUAUGUUGAGCCCCGCAGGAGGACGAAGAGGUCCUAACAGGACAUCUUACUGUCGAAACCCACUCUGUGAGCCAGGAUCCUCCGGGGGCUCUGGUGGAGGCCACGCUUCCAGCGCGUCCGUGACCAGUGUCCGUUCCCGCACCAGGAGCAGUUCUGGGACGGGCCUCUCCAGUCCUCCACUGGCCACCCAGACGGUUGUGCCUCUACAGCACUGUAAGAUCCCCGAGCUGCCAGUCCAGGCCAGCAUUCUGUUUGAGUUGCAGCUCUUCUUCUGCCAGCUUAUAGCCCUCUUCGUCCACUAUAUCAACAUCUACAAGACAGUGUGGUGGUAUCCGCCCUCCCACCCACCUUCCCACACCUCCCUGAACUUCCACCUGAUCGACUUCAACUUGCUGAUGGUGACCACCAUCGUUCUGGGCCGCCGCUUCAUUGGGUCCAUCGUGAAGGAGGCUUCUCAAAGGGGGAAGGUCUCCCUCUUUCGCUCCAUCCUGCUGUUCCUCACCCGCUUCACCGUUCUCACGGCAACAGGCUGGAGUCUGUGCCGGUCCCUCAUCCACCUCUUCAGGACCUACUCCUUCCUGAACCUCCUGUUCCUCUGCUAUCCGUUUGGGAUGUACAUUCCGUUCCUGCAGCUCAACUGUGAUCUCCGCAAGACGAACCUCUUCAGCCACGUGGCCUCCUUGGGGCCGCGUGAGGCAGUGAGCGGCCUAGCAAGGAGCCGGGACUACCUGCUGACACUGCGGGAGACAUGGAAGCAGCACACGCGACAGCUGUAUGGCCCGGAGGCCAUGCCCACCCAUGCCUGCUGCCUGUCACCCAGCCUCAUCCGCAGCGAGGUGGAGUUCCUCAAGAUGGACUUCAACUGGCGCAUGAAGGAAGUGCUCGUGAGCGCCAUGCUGAGCGCCUAUUACGUGGCCUUUGUGCCUGUCUGGUUUGUGAAGAACACACAUUACUACGACAAGCGUUGGUCCUGUGAGCUCUUCCUGCUGGUGUCCAUCAGCACCUCGGUGAUCCUCAUGCAGCACCUGCUGCCUGCCAGCUACUGUGACCUGCUGCACAAGGCCGCUGCCCAUCUGGGCUGCUGGCAGAAGGUGGACCCAGCGCUGUGCUCCAACGUGCUACAGCAUCCGUGGACUGAAGAAUGCAUGUGGCCGCAGGGUGUGCUGGUGAAGCACAGCAAGAAUGUCUACAAGGCAGUGGGCCACUACAACGUGGCCAUCCCCUCCGACGUCUCCCACUUCCGGUUCCACUUCUUUUUCAGCAAACCCCUGCGGAUCCUCAACAUCUUGCUGCUGCUGGAAGGCGCUGUCAUCGUCUACCAGCUGUACUCCUUAAUGUCCUCCGAAAAGUGGCACCAGACCAUCUCCCUGGCCCUCAUCCUCUUCAGCAACUACUACGCCUUCUUCAAGCUGCUGCGGGACCGCCUGGUGUUGGGCAAGGCCUACUCGUACUCAGCCAGCCCACAGAGAGACCUAGACCACCGGUUCUCCUGAGCCCCAGGGUGACCCCAGGGACAGCAUCCAGGCUUCAGCCAGGGGAUCCCUGGCAAGGGGCUCUUGGGGAGGGACAAGUUGGGGAAAAAACAAAAACAGACAAAAAAAAUCCACCAGAGCUUUGUAUUUUUGUUACGACGUACUGUUUCUUUCUUUGAUAAUUGAUGUGAUAAUGAGGGGAAAAAAGUACUAUUUUUAUACAACCAGCAA